UUCGGUACUUUGAACGCAGCAGUGCCUCAAGCUGACGUUAGCUCUUCCUGCGGUGUUAUGAGUUGAGCGACACUGAAGGUCUGUCUGCAGCGCUGGGAAUGCAGCCACCGCUCCCACCUGAGGCGGUCAGAGAGCUGGUGUGCUCCUGUCUGCACAGAGACCCAGUAGCAGCAGAUCUGCGCUGCAGCUUGUUUGUUGCUGCUGCUCAGAACUACAAGAGGGACUCUUUGCUCAGACCCUUCCCUCCUAGAUACAUAAGUGGUGACAAUAAGGAUUUUGAGGAGCUGUUGGCAGAUGUGACGUCUUUGCCUGGUGUGAGAGAGCUGGUGAGACUGCGACCUGGAGAUGGAGAUCAUCAUCUGGCUCUCACACACUGGAUUCUCUCUUCAAACAGCUUUGCUGUGAAGACGCUACAGAAAGAUGAGUAUGGCAAACUUUGUAACUUGACGGAAAAUGAAGGGAUUUCUGCGCCUGUGCCAGACUUCCUCUUUGAGCUGGAGUACUGUGACCAGAUGAACGCCAGGUUUGAGAAGACGAGGGCAGGACGAGAUGUCUUCUAUGCAUUCCACGGGAGCCGCCUGGAGAACUUUCACUCAAUCAUUCACAACGGGCUACACUGUCACCUCAACAAGAACUCAGUGUUUGGAGAGGGGACCUACCUCACCAGUGACCUUAGCAUGGCUGUCCUCUACAGUCCCCACAGCAGCGGCUGGAGAGAAAGUCUCCUGGGUCCACUGCUCAGCUGUGUUGCCUUGUGUGAAGUCAUUGAUCACCCAGAUGUUAAGUGCCAGGUCAAGAAAAAAGAUUCUGAAAUCAUUGACCGUCAGCGCUCAAGGGCAAAGAACAGUGAGGGAGGGGACGUACCACAGAAGUACUUUGUAGUCACCAACAAUCAGCUUUUGCGAGUCAAGUACCUGCUUGUUUACUCUCAGAGGAGGCACCUGUCCAGACAUUCCCGCAGCUCCUCCUGGUUCCUCCGACACCAUUUUGCUGUGAUGAUGAGUCUCUACCUUCUGCUGCUCAUAUUCAUUGGUGCCUUUAACUCCACCACCUUCGUAUCCUUUUGGAACAGACUAUUCAGGUGAUGAGACAACAGGGCAGACGGCCUGGAUGUUCAUUAUCCACAGUGCCUUCCUGAUCAGAGACUGACUGGAGGCCUGAGCAAAGAUGCACCUUUAUACUGUUUUCUCUUUACAAUCAUUCUUUUAUUUUUAUAAGUAGUUGGAAUUACUGUUAGUUCAAGAUAACAUAUCUUUUCAAAUAGCAGCUAUCCUCAUAGCUGCUCUCGUGUAUUAAUUCUGUUGAGAUGUGUCAUGAGACCAUUCUGCAUUUUACGAAUGUUAUGCAAUGUUUCAUCUGUAAUUUGUAUUGUUUAGUAAAGAUUCAGUUUUAUAGAUAAGCUCUGUUGCUGUGUCUUAGUCGCCUGGGGACAGUUUUAAUAACCAAAGACGGGAAAAGAAAAAACUGCAGAUUUAGAAGUUAUUUUAAACAUUUGGAUAUUUUUUUGUUUAUAAGGAGGAUUUCUAGCACAUUAACUGACUGUACUGACUUAUUAAUAUCCUUGAUGCCUGACUGACAGUCUGUUGAUCAGGCAGCUCAUGAGUGAAGUGUUAACUUUCAGGUAUUGAACAUACUGGUUGGUUUUGAUGAGGGAAAAACAUAAGGUGGCCAUUUUGGUUGUGCUUAUAUUUAUAAUGAUGGAUCACAGACGGUCCACUGAUAACCUUAUUUGUAAUGAUUUCAGACAUGCUUUUUUUUUUUUUAUCCUUAAAGCAGUAAAGGAUCAUCACAAUUUU